AUGGCGCUGUCGGGCUACUCCCCAUCCGUGGGCAUUACCGUGAACGAGGCAACCGUGACUCGGCAGCCCAAGAUCGACCGCACCCGACCGGAUGUGGAGCGGAAGGACCUGGGCCUACGCUCCGCGCUGGCCGCAGCGUGCAUUGCAGGCGGUGUGGCAGUGGCCCGUCGCAGCCGUGUGAGCCGUCGUUUCCGGGAUGAGGAGCGGCUGCACACCGAAACGGACUUGCAGAACGAAGACUGGUCCUCCUUCCAGGAGAUUAUGAGCAAGACUCGCGCGAAAGACGAGGAUGUCACAGACGUGGAAAAUAGCCUUCCGGUACAUCGCCCAGCAGGUUGGAGUGCUUUCCGCCCGGUGAGUGUGGUGGCGGCGAAGAUGUCCGGCAAGCUGAAUGCGGAGCUGGCCAAUGGUCGGCUGGCACUGCUCUCUGCCUCUCGGGACUUGCGUGUGGAGACCCACGCCAAGCCCACGCAGGAGGAGAUAGAGGCAGCCCGCGAGGCGCGGAAGAAGUUCGACCUGAAAGAGCUGCCAAGCGAUGAGGGCUAUGGUUGGGACCCCGACGAUGUCGAGAAAGAGAAGCCGUUCGACCCGUCCGAAGAGGAGGUGGGUAUCACACCACCCCUUGGCUUCUUCGACCCGCUCAGCUUCUCGAAGGUCGGCGACAAGGAGGGGUUCCGCUUCAGGCGAGCAGCAGAGAUCAAGCACGGGCGUGUCGCCAUGAUGGCCUCAGUGGGCUUGGUGAUCACCCACUGGGUACGACUGCCGGGCUAUGAGCUCGCCGGGACUUCUUGGUCCAGCCAGUUCAACACCAUCGUCACCCUGCCUGCUCUCUACUUCUUCAGCGCAUUCAUUUUUGUCAUCAUCUGGCUGGAGCUGAGCUUUUGGGCUCAGGAGGAUGACCUGGAGCCAGGAAACUUCGGAGAUCCGCUCGGCCUGGGUAUGUACAGCACCGAGAUGCGCAACCGGGAGAUCAACAACGGCCGCUUUGCGAU